GGUGCGUUGGGCCAUCAUAGUACAUAUUCUGGAGAACACUUGAGCCAUUUAAACGGUAUAGUGAUGGUUCGUUAUGCUCAUCCGGUGUAUUAUCACGCUCAGCUUGUGCUUAAUCUGGUGCUGGAAUCACGGACAUGGAGAGCGCAUCAGUAUUUUCACCGAAAAAAAUCAGGUAUCGAAAAUCGCAUCUGUCUCGGCAAAGAUUCACCAGAAAACCCUAAAGAGCGACUUACAAAUUGAUGUCAGUCCAUUUUCGGACAGUGAUCUCUUUUAUAAUGCCCACGCUGUUUGUAAAGCCUUUCGAAACGGGACAUUGGCGCUAAUUGGAUUGGCUGAUGCGGAGAGCUCCAAUCAGCUGCGCUGGUACAGUCGAGCUCUGCACAUCCCCUCUGUCAUUCGCUCGUCGCAUACGCAGAUCAGUUAUGCCGACACCCUCGCCGAUCCCCCCCACGGAUCGUAUCAUUUCGACAUUCACCCGCAGACAAUCUUUGCUGUUCUGGAUAUUAUCUCGCACGGAUACAACUGGACGGAAGCGUUCUACAUUACUGACACCAAUACAAAAAGCGAUCAAGCCUGGGAAGUAUACGUGAAGCACGCCAAAGCAAACAGCAACCCUAGUCGGUUGUAUGCCACAUUUUACCAAAUACAUUCCGUGGCACACGCUGUGGAUUAUAUAACAUCAACGGUACUGCGGGUGCCCAUUCAGCCAUGGCAUAUGAUCCUGGACUUACCGGCACAGAUGUCGGUGCGGUUAAUUAACGAGUUCCUCAACAGCAUCGCCGUGCGCGAACGCUAUUUCCAUUUUAUUCUUGUAUCGCUGGACUUCGAAGUGGCCAAUUUUCAAACACUCUACUCGACCUACAACAAUCUGACAGCACUGUCGAUGAUACAAGACGCGGAGACGCAGAAAACCAUCCGUGGAAGCAAUAUCGCCACGACAGAAGAUGCACUGGCGUUUGACGCUAUCAGCUUUGUCGCUACGGCAUUGUCAGCCAAUGCCAGCCUUCUGCCGAGUCGAUCCAUCAACUGCACUGCCACACCGUUUGACGUCUGGGAAAAUGGAGAUGCUACUCGUCAGCUGCUACAAAAUUAUCAGUAUACUGGCUUAACUGGAAAGCUGGAAUUCGAUAAAUUUGGCAAUCGGAAAAAUUACAAACUCGACAUUAUGGAGAUGAACAAGGGCGGGAGAUUUGUGAAGAAAGGAAUCUGGAGCGAUGUUAGUGGAACGCAAUUUCAAAACUCCAAAGACGAAAGUGACAACCUCCCGUUACGAGUUAUUGGAAUAACGGCUCCCCGAUUUCUUAUGACGGUCCCCUGUAACUCGACCGAGUACGAGAACAAAACCCCAACACCUUCCCAUCCCGCUGAGUGCUUUGUGGGAUACAUUGCCGAUUUUGUGCGCGAAUUAGGAGCCGUAACGAAUCUGUCCCUCAAACUCCAUACUGGCAAGACGAAAAGUUACUACGGAUCCAAGAUCAACGGGUCCUGGACCGGGGCGAUUGGGGAAAUAUUGCGAAAGGAAGCGGAUUUGGCCAUUGGGGAUUUGAGUGUCACGUCGGAUCGGGCGGCCGUUGUGGAUUUCACCAUCCCUUUCUUACACGAUGACUACUUAGUGCUAAUGAAGAAAGAACAACAGGAGCCGCAGGAUAUUUUCAGCUUUUUAUUGCCUUUCUCGAGGAAUUUGUGGCUGGCCAUUAUCUUGGCGAUCCUGGGCACGUAUGUGGUCAUUUUCUUCGUCGGCCGCAUCGGGCCCUCGGAGUGGCAUCAUGCCGAGCAUCCCGAUCCCGAUGAGGCGGAGGGUGUCACCAAUGAGUUUACGUCCGAGGAGUCUUUGUGGUUUACUCUUGCUACGUUGCUGCAACAAGGCCCCAACAUCGGACCCCGGUCGAUGGCGACGAAAAUUGCCGUUGCCGCGUGGUUUGUUUGGGUACUGAUUAUCAGCCAAACAUACACCGCUAACCUGGCCGCGUUUCUAACCAUCAAUCGUCUAACCUCUCCCAUCCAGUCGAUCCGCGAUCUGGCCAUCCAGACCGACAUCCGCUAUGGAACACUGACCGGUGACCAUGCGGCCGCUAAUUUCUUUGCCAACAGCGAUGUAGAUACCUACAUACGCAUGCGGAUCUUCAUGAUCCAGUACAACACCGCGGUGAAAAACGUCCAGGAAGGUGUGACCAAAGUGCGAGAGGGAAAUUUUGCGUUCAUCUCACAAAAGACGGUGAUCGACUACGCGAACAGUGGACCGCCCUGCGAUACGCGUAUUGUGGGACUGCCGCUGUUCGCCACCGACUACGCUAUUGCGGUGCGCUCGGGGUCCCCGCUUCGGAAAAAGUUCUCGGAGGCUAUUCUUAAGCUGAAUGAAAAUGGCAUAUUGAGAGAAAUUGAGGCUACAUGGUUUAGCCAGCCAGAAGACUGUAAAGCCAUAAACAGGGAAGAGGAAAAAGAGGCCAAAGAGUUGAACCGUUUAACACCGCGCCAGCUAACGGGAUUAUUUAUCAUCCUAGCCGGCGGAUUGGCUAUCGCGUUAGUUUUUGCGAUUUGUCAAAACCUCUGCUGCCACAAGAAAUUCAGAGCCUACAAAAUAUCCAUGCAGACUGUAUUGCUCACGGAAAGAAGAACCGGAACGAGUGAAGAACUACGUAAAACUAUUUUGCGCCGAACGACUCGCCAACGACCGUCUGACGCUACUUCCAUGGAGAUGCCGGUUCUUAGACCAGAUUAACGCCCCAACAUACAUAGCUCAUUACUGUGAUAAACGUGUUAUUGAACAAAUUCGCCUGUAAUUCCGCUGCUUUCUUUUCAUUCAGCAGUGCUGAAAAUGCUACGCUCUGGAAGCAUGCAAAAUUCAGUGGUUAUGCAACUAAGAAAUCAAAUAAAUCCGUCGGUUGUCGAA